UUGUGAAAUUGAAAUCCCCUCGAAACAAAUUUACCAGUGGCCGACGAUUCGUGAACAAAUUUCCCUGGGGGACGUGGGAUACUGUCCCGUCAUUGGUUUUUGACCCGUUGGAGCGGAAUAUGAAUAUCGUCUGAGGAACAAGGAUAUAGACUCAGUCGUCUCGUCGGUCGCCGUCUCCGAUCAGGACAAAUUCUCACCCCGAUUUAAAAAAAUAGAGAUGAUCAGAAGAACAGUGGCGAAAUCGAUGUGGAUCAUGUCGGUUUGAGCAGAAAAACGCUUGAAUUUGGGCCAUUGUUUCAGCGAUUUGGUGGACAGACAUUUGCCCCGGGAACAGACCUUUAUCUUUGAUUGUGAAGUUGGACUUCCUUUUUCUCUAUUUUUUUGGUGGCGGGGAGUGUGUUUUCGCUUUUAGAGUCAGAAAGGCUAUGAGAUUGAGUAUAUGGCUUUAAGAGAAGAGGACCUCAAAUUCGAUCCUGAAAGCGGGGGGAGGAUUGGCCAAGAGGUUGGGAGCAAAGAACCAAAUUCAAUAAAGAUAGAGGAGAAGAAUGUUUGGAGUAGGUUUACAGAGGCUGGACUGCCAAAGGAUGAACGAGGUGUCACCUUAAACGGUAAUUUUGCGAAUUCUGUUGGCGAGGUCAUUGCUGAUGAGAACAUAGAAUUGUUAAUAGAUAAGGGUUUGGAAGGAGAAGAUGGUCGUGAAGUUGUUGCGCUUGUGGAGAAGAAUAAUGUGAGAGGGAAGCAUAAGAAUAAGAAAAAGGCUCUAAAGCCACCGCGACCACCUAAAGGUCCUUCACUUGACGCUGCUGAUAGAAUGCUGGUGAAGGAAAUUGCAGUGCUUGCUAUGAAAAAGCGUGCAAGAGUCGAGCGAAUGAAAGCAUUAAAGAAGGUGAAAGCAGAGAAAACGUCAUCUCUGAGCAGUUGCAUACCUGCCAUGAUUAUUACAUUCCUCUUCUUCCUUGUCAUAAUCAUUCAAGGAAUAAGCUCCAGAAGUAGUUCGAUGUUGCAGGGGUCUCCCGGACCCGGACCUUCUGUCGGUGGUAGUAGCGGUUUCAUUUCCAUUCAGUACAUAAAUAGCCUUCCCCCAAAUCAAAGCGAUAUACCUGAUCACUCCUCUGUUAAUUCUGCAGCAUAGCUCGGUUUCUGGUUUUGUUCCUCUAGGAGGAAAUAAAAGCUGGCUGAUUUGAAGAGUUUUUGAAGUUGAGAUCCUAUGUGGCAGCUCGGUGGCCCAUACGGCCUUCAUUUUUUGUUUUUCUUUUUUCUUUUUAUAGUUAUUGUGAUAUGUGAUCACGUUGACCAUGGUUUUUGUAAAUAAAACGAAGAAUUUUCGGUUUUUUGUAAUCAAAUGCUUUUAUAUUUUAAUUCUAUGUUAAAUAAUUUAUAUUGGCAAGUUCAUAGAUGUAGCUGACCUUGCUUGUUUCCAGGCUUUCUUUUGAUCAAUUGAAUUAUGAACCUCUUCCUGUUCAAUUUAGAUCAAAUCUGCAGAACUAUGAUGAUACAAUUGGCAGAUGCUUAACCCACUAGACUUUUGAUUGGCUGACUGGUGCAGGAUGUUCGAUCUGUUCUCCGAGGAUCAAACAGCCAAUCUCAUUACAGAAACAUGUUCGAAGACAUCCCAUGUUGACCUUUGCAUAUCGAGCCUUGGGGUCUACCCUCGAAGCCCGACGGCCGAUGUUAGGCGUCUUGCCGAGAUCAUCCUCAAAGAGACAUUAGCGAACGCCCAAGAAAUUCUGGCACAGAGUUGAGAGCUUCAUCAACCAGACGACAGAUCCUGCAGUGAAGGAAUGUCUCGCUGCCUGCAAAGUGCUGUAUCGACUUGUAACCGACUCGACGAUCCCAAGCGCAAUGUGGCAACUCUCGUUGAAGGAGUACAAGAUCGCUGUUGGCAAUGCCAUGGAUGUGGCUUGGGAGAUCGGGGCUUGUGGAGAGGCAUUCAAAAAUAGGUCUUUAGAGUCACCAUUGACAUCAUGUAACUCUGCUGUGAUAAGCUUUGCUGAAAUCUCUACUAGUAUUGUUUGCCAAUUUUUUUCCCUUUUUUUUUAUAUUAUUUGGAAGUUGCAUUCAA